AUGGCUUCAACUCAGAGUACUCAGGUCGACUUGACCACUUACCCACAACAACCCUCUUCGGCUGCAACCACAGACAUUGAACUAUUACAAGAAAACGACCAAUCCCAACCAACUAGCGACAAUGGAUUUUCACUUCCGCCUACUGAUGGUGGCAGGGAUGCAUGGCUCUGCUUGUUUUCCUGCUUCAUGCUGGAGGCCAUGAUUUGGGGCUUUCCCUCCUCUUACGGUGUCUUCCAAGAAUACUAUGCUACUAGUGAGGAGUUCUCUGGCCAAAGCAACGUUGCCGUUGUGGGUACUUGUGCAAUGGGUAUCAUGUACAUGGAUAUUGCGAUAUGGUUCGUUGUAUUGAAGUACUUUCCCAAGUUUCGCAUUUGGGCCACACCAGUUGGUUUAGUAGUCGUCUGCCUUGCCUUGGGCCUUGGAUCACUUUCAACGAGCAUAACACACCUCAUCAUCACUCAAGGCAUCUUAUAUGCACUGGGCGGUGGUCUCGCAUGGACGCCAAUUCUCUUCAACAUCGAAGAGUGGUGGGUACGCAGAAGAGGAUUUGCCUAUGGAGCUACUAUGGCCGGCCUGGGAUUGAGCGGGGCCAUUCUUCCUCUCAUACUUGAGUGGCUGCUACACUCCUACGGAUUCCGGACGACUUUACGAGUAUGCGCACUCAGCUUCGUGGCUCUCAACUUCCCCAUAGUCUUCUUCUUUAAACCUCGCCUUCCGUUGUCUCAAACAUCGCAAAAUAGGGGGUUCGACCUGUCGUUCUGGACCUGUUCCAACUACCUGAUUCUACAGUCCGGCAAUAUCAUCCAGAGCCUUGGAUUCUUUCUACCAGCAAUCUAUCUACCCACUUUCGCCCGGUCCAUUGGUGCAGGUAGCAUCGAAAGCACUGUCACAAUCAUUCUUGUCAAUGCUGCUGCAUUUGUCGGGUGUCUUUGCAUGGGAAUUGCGACCGACAAGUACCAUGUCACAACCUGCCUCAUGGUCUCUGCCUUGGGCUCAACAGUCGGCAUCUUUCUCCUAUGGGGAUUUUCCACCUCACUGGCGCCGCUAUACAUCUUCUGCAUAGUCUAUGGUGCUUUUGCUGGGUGUCAAUCGAGCGCCUGGAGCGCUAUCGUCGCAGACACUCAGAAGAAGCGCAGAGGCGCAGAUUCUGGCUUCGUAUGGGCGUGUCUAUCAGCUGGGAAAGGCGUCGGCAACUUGUGCAGCGGCCCGCUUUCAGAAGCUCUGCUACAUGCUGGUGAUUGGAGUGCAGGUUUUGCGUAUGGUAGCGGAUAUGGAGCACUGAUUGCAUUCACAGGCGUGACUGCACUACUGAGUGGCUGGGGUUAUGCUGCAAGGAGGAUCGGGUGGAUAUGA